AUGCAGAGCACGGUGAUUCACAGCGGUCCUCUGGGCACGGCGCGCACAGGGCUGGGCAGCGCCCACGCUCUGUUCUCAGGGGCGCCAGGCGCGCCCUUGCAGCCCUACUCCUUCUCGCACAAAACCUUCUCACCACUCUCCCGAGGCCACCAGCAGCUUGUGCAGCAGCUCCGGCUCUGGGCGCACGGCUUUAACUUCCUCAUCCGUCCACCCACAGCACCGGAGCCAUUGCUAACCAUCAGCAGCAUCGAUGCAGACAUUGCCUUUGACCUCUGCGUGCAGGUGUGGCACAUAGUAAAGAAGGAUCGGAUGGUGGUGCUCUUCGUCUGGGAUGGCACCGACCUCCCUCUCCCGUCGCUUUCCGCGCCACCGGCACCAAUCCCGUCUAGUCAUUCCCUGCAUCAUGGCCAGCCAUUCAGUGCCCCUGGCUCCUCCACCACACCAUCCGCACCCCCCAGCUCAUCCGUACCACAAUCAGCACCCACUGGGCCGCCCACAUCAUCUGCUGCAUCAGCAUCGGCUCAUGCAGGGGUGCAUCCGGCCCCUCCUCCUCCCUGCACUCGCUCAGAGCACCCUCUCUUCGCCAUUGGCGGUCGCCCCGCCCCUCCUCUCUCUGUGCUCCAGCGUGUUCCCCCUCUGGGCUCCCUGCUGCCCAUUAUGUGCCACGUGGACGAUCUUCACUGGCUGCUGCACCGCCUGCACCCGUCUGUAGCGAGACAAUUGGAGAGGGAGGGAGCAGGGGGGACAGACCGGGCAGGGCACGAGGGGGAAGGGGGGGGCAGAGGUGAAGGGGGAGGGAGGGAUGGGGAGGGUGAGAGGACAGAGCGAGACCAGAAUGGGGGCCAGGGAGCGGGAGGGGGAGCGGCAGCAGAGGGGAGUGAGAGACAACAAGAUGGGGAGGGCGGGGAGGAAGGAGAGGAGGGGAGGGUGGCGGGAGUGUGGCAGCAGGAGGGGGUGGUGCCGUGUUGGGUGCGGCUCAGGAAUAUCAGAGCCACGUGCCACGGCGCCAGAGGGGGCUGGCUGGGCCUUUUCAACAACUCCAGCCGCCUGAGCCUCGUCAGGGAGUGCUACUCGGACGUUGCACAGCUGACAAGCAAGUAUGCAGAGAGGGCAGCGAGUGAGGACGCCCACACGCGGAUAGGCAACAUGGCUCUGUGGGCCUCCAUCCACCAGCACACACGCAUCGCCCGUUCCCUACAGCCCUACUCCACCCUUCGCCAGAUAUACACCCAUCCUGUGGUGCCAUAUCUUAUCUUGCCAUUUCUCCUCUUUGUCUUGUUGUCCGGCUUCCCCCCCACCCCACACCAGGUGCCGUAUCGCUUCCGCUGUGCAGCGAGAGUGAUCUUCGCCUCUGCCAUCCACCCCGCCCGCUUCACUGCCUUCGUCCCGCACAAGCCUCGCUCCCUCUCCUCCACUCCUGCCCCCCCACGCUCCUCCACCUCCAUACCUGCGCGUUCCUCCACUCCUCCGCCUGCUGCUGCCACGUCUGCUGGUGCUGGUGCUAAUGCUGAUGCUGGUACUGGUGGUGUUGCAACGGAGGGGAGGGUGGAAGGAGAAGGAAAGGAGAAACGGAUAGGAGAGGAAGGUGCGGAAGGGGCACGUGGGAAGAAGCGCAAGGGAGAGGAUCAUGCUGACGUGGCAAUGAAGGAUGGUGCUGACGUGGCGAGACAGGAGGGGGCUGAUGUGCCGCCACAGGAAGAUGCUGAGGCUGAUGUGGCAAGGGAAGGAGUGGGGAAGGGGGUGGAAGAGGGAGAAUCAGGUGGUUUGGGGAAUGCAGCAGAGACAGCUGAGACAUAUGAGGGAGUGGGGAGAGCAGCAUCGGGAAAGGAAGGGGCAUCAGGAAAAUCAGGUUCUGGGGUGAAGAGGAAGUGGGCGGCAGGGCUUGUCCUGGUGCUGGAGGAUGCCACAGGGCGGCUACUCGUCCGCCUCGCCUCACCCAAUGCCGAGGUAUUCUUUUCAGCAACAGCAGAGGAUUUGCGCAAGGAUGCAGCGGUGUCUGUGAGGGCAGCUGCAGGCAUGGCUAUGCUGCUGGGUGUGCCCAGAGACCACGGGCAGGAUACAGGAGUUGAGUAUGGACAGCAAGCACAUGCAGGGGUUGAACGGGAUGCGGUGCAUGAGAAUGAAGAUGCACGGGUGGAACGGGAAGCACGUAGUCCGCCGUCGAUUGACUGUUGUGUGUUCUCGUACCACCAUGUGAGGAAAGAUGGACUGCCAGGAGAGAAGAUGUUUCAAAUCUUCCAGACCAGGUUAUCGACCCAACACGAUGGUGCAUGA